CACCAGCACAAGGAAACAGGCGGCAGGAAUACCGUGGCGGAUUGAAUCGGGUUCAGAGGAAAGCUCAGAAAGCGGGUUGUGUUCUGGAUCAUGUCGGUGCUCCCCAGAGUGGUCCACAGGAGGAGGGCUCACAUCACAGCUCUGCCGCUCUACUAUUCGGGACACCUGCUCAAGAAACUCUCCUAUGAGACGGAGUACAAGAAGUUUUACGCAGAGCUGCGUGGAGAGGCACUGUUUCUGUAUAAAGAUGAAACGCAGGAUACAUACACGGAGAAGCUAAACCUGCUGCAGAUGAAGUCCAUGCAGUUAGCGUCUCCAUAUCUGAUGAAGAUGCCGACCGUCUUCACCCUCAUCAUGCACACUGAGGAGGUCCACUUAAAGAUGGACAACCCUGACACAGGCGAGGAGUGGAGGGGUUACAUCCUGACCAUGGUUCAAAAAGAGAUUCCCAGCCAGCUGCAACUACUGCCUGGCCAGAUGAUGCUGCUCCGGGACGCUCUCUCUCAGGAGAAGAGGAGAAACACCCCACAAGUCAAACCCCCACUCCCGCCACGACCCCCUUUCCUUACGGCGGCUUCCUCCUCCUUUCCUCCACAAGACAAGUCCGACGCCGACCACAGCAGCCCCGAGCAGCUUCCAUGUUUCUUCAAUGUGACUCGACAGGAAGCUGAGCAGAUGUUGGAAGAGAACCCCGAAUGUGGAGGCAUCAUUCUGCGCCCGUCCACCCUGACCAACAACUACGCCGUCACCCUCAGACAAGUCACACCCAAGGGGCCUGUCAUGAAGAACUACCGGCUGACCUGCACUAAAUCAGGAUUUCUCAUCCAACUGGAAACAGCAGUGACCGUUUCCUCCCUGAGUGAUGUGUUACAGUAUUUCCUCGAGAAGACGGACUACCGCCUUCAUCCUUACACGCUGUGUGACACCUACAACACUCGUAUUGAAAUGACACCCCCUCCCGAGUGCAUCAGCAUCACUCCCCGUACACCUAAAAGGGUACCCAAAGCUCAAGUGGUGCCCACGGUGCAUUCGGGGACCAGGCCGGGGGAAGGUGAAUAUGUGGUUCCUGAAGAACACCAUUUGAAUAAAAGGUGUGGAUGACAGAAGAUGAGAAAGAGUACAGUCAAUGUUUUGGGGGUUGUUCACAGUAAAGGCAAAGUUUUCCAUGCAUUUUCCAACAGAUCAGUUGCAUGCUCGACUUUUACCACUGCAGAGGGGAAUACACUGUCAAGAUUGUUGUCAUAUGUUGUUAAAAAAUGAUGCUUAUGCUGCAGUAAGAUGAAUUUAACAAAUGCAUAUGUGGUUAUAGACUUUUUAAAGACGUUAUUACAGUAAGACUGUAUAGAAAACCUUCCCAGGAUGAGCAUUUAAUCUUUAUUUUUCACACAAACACGAGCAAGUCAACAUAACCGUUUCAAUAAGGUUGCUGGGUUUUUUUUGUGUUUUUUUUUUUUAAAUACAUAAUUUUUCUUUCAUCGGUACCAUGGAUAAUGCUGUAGGUUUAAAGCAUGACGGCCACUCCUUCAAAAACAGCAAGACUGCAAAAAAUAUUCAAUAAAAAAAAACUCAACAAACAAAGACACUCCCUUUUGUCUCCUCGGCCUCCUUCAUUGUUUUGUACUUUGUGUUUGUGCCACUCGCUCCUGUCCUUCACGCCUCAUAAAUAAAACAUCUGUAAUAACUUAACAUAUC